AGUCUGUUGUGGUCAUCUCCACUACACUGACAUCUUUACUAGAGCUGUAAUACAGAGACAUCUCUGAAGUUGCUGUAAAUUCUCACUUACAAAUGCAUGUUGAUGGUUUGGCGCCUAAUUUAGCUCACGGCCACGGAUUUGUCUCACUUUUUAAACCAAGGACUGCUUUGUAUAGUCUGGGGGCUAAAAACACGGCUUCAGAAAGAGCUUAUUGUUGGAGAUUUUCCCCUCACAACCCUAAAACCCUCCAGCUUAAAGCAGUGUUUUGUCUGGAGAACCCAGUUUGAGGAAAUGCAGUUAUGUGUAUGUGUGUGUCUUACAGAGAGAAAGAGAGAGAGAGAGAGAGAAAGAGAGAGAGAGAGCCUAGUCUGAAGGAAUUUAACGAGGGCAACACAGAUCUAAGAUUUAAGCACAGAGCCUAUCAUUGUUUUCAUUUCAGUCGAGAGAGCAGCGUACAACUGAGGGUCUAAAGAGAGGACAUUAAUGUUGGUGUCAUGUGUCCUAUCAAUCAGGGCUGUGGUGGAGGUCAUUACAGCUAGCAUUUUUACAUUUAAGACAUUUAUGUAUAUAUACCAGACAUAUACAGAUAUGUGUGUAAAAAAAAAAAAAAAAAAAAAGAUCCUGAUUGACAGAAGAUGAUAGACGCUCAUCCUUGGGCCCAUUUGUUCCAGUUGUUUACCUAAAACCCGGGCAAGCAAAGUCUUCACUUCCUCAGAACAAGCUGAGAGGAGGGAAAAGUGGGAUCAGCGCGAUGAAGCCUGCAGUGUGUUCCUGUGUGCAAAGUUAUAGAGUCUAGAGGGAUGACGUGUGUGAAAGAAGCUCUAUCUAAUCACUCCCCCAUGAGGGAGAAGACAGUGAGAGGGGCUGAAGUGAAGCCAAAGGAGAGGGGAAGGGCCUGACAUCAGCAAGCCAAAACAGCUGCCCCCUUCUCCCCCAUGGGGAGACGGCAAGGGGAGCCUGAUGGAGCAAGAGAGAGAGGGAGAGAGAAGGGAAGAGUGGAGGGUCUGUAAGUGCGGAGCGGGAGAGAGCGGCUUGCGAGGCAUUUGAGGGUCUGUAGAGGCUGAAGAGAAGGAGGUAUUGGCAAGUGGAAAGGAGGGGGAGGGAAGAGAGAGGUGGUGAGUGUGUGCUUGCAUGCUUUCAGAGUGAGGAUAGCCAGAGAGCAAGGGACAGGGAAGAGUGUAAGGGGAGAGCAGAAGGGGAAGAGUGGUGGGUAAGACUUGUUGGAGGGGGAGAAAGAGGGGUUGUAAGAGGAGAGAGGGCAGGAACGGGGAAGUCAUCUGGGGUGGAUUUCAAGGCAGGACAAGUUGUCAGGGAGAAGGGCAGAGGUGUGAGGAGUCACUGGGGAGGAAGGAACAUGUUGCAGAAGAAGACGUUAAAAACAUAAGGAGGCCACUCAAAACAUGAAGCGCUGAAGAGGAGGAAGAGAAGAGGGACCUUCUGGAGUGAAGCACUUGUCUCGAGAGAUCAGAUAAGAGUUGAGGGGAUUAAAGAUACAAGAUUAUAGGGGUGUCUGCUGGAAGUAUGGGGUGCAUUCACAGCACGAGCACUGGCAGGAUGAAGAACCAUGGACUUGGUACUGACGCAGGAGGAAUCCCCAUAAAGGCAGACCCUGAGGUACAUCCUGAAAUCCUUCAACUUGCUGAGCUCACCAAAACUGGGAGCCACGCCUUCACAGAGAAGAGCUUCAAGAGGAGACGGGUGUGUGAUGUGUGCAAGCAGAACAUUGACAACCCCGGGGCUUUCUGCAAGGAGUGCAAGGUUGCAGUUCACAAGACAUGUGAAGCCAAGGUGACUCCCACCUGCACCUCAACUACAGAUCUUAACAGUUCCAUUAAAUCUACAUCACAGAAGAAAAGAGGCUCAAUACCAAGGAGUAAAAGUGUGGAACAAGUGAUGGAGCAUGUGAUGGAGCACCACUACGACUUCGACCUCACCUACAUCACAGAGAGGAUCAUCUCUGUCUUCUUCCUGCCAGACCUGGAGGAGCCGCGGUACCACAGAAACCUACAGGAAGUGGCCUCCAUGCUGAAAUCCAAGCACCAGGACCAGUUUCUGCUACUGAAUUUAUCAGAGAGGAGACAUGACAUCACCAGACUUAAUCAAAAGGUGCAGGACUACGGCUGGCCUGAUCUUCAUGCCCCACCCUUGGACAGGAUCUGUGCCAUCUGUAAGGCCAUGGAGACCUGGCUGACCUCUGACCCCAGCAACGUAGUGGUCCUCCACUGCAAGGGACACAAAGGGAAGACGGGGGUCAUUGUGGCAGCCUACAUGCACUACAGCAAGAUAUCCGCUGGAGCGGAUCAGGCUCUCACCACACUGGCCAUGAGGAAGUUCUGUGAGGACAAAGUCUCGUCAUCCCUGCAGCCCUCUCAGAACAGGUACAUCUACUACUUUGGCGGUCUGCUGUCAGGUACCAUCAAAAUGAACAGCAGUCCUCUGUUCCUCCACCAGAUCCUCAUCCCCUCUCUACCAAACUUCCAGACUGGAGGAGGUUUCUAUCCGUUCCUGAAAAUUUAUCAGUCUCUUCAGCUGGUCUACACCUCAGGCGUCUAUGAUCCCCAGAGCUCCAGGGCGAGGAAGCUGUGUGUGACUAUGGAGCCAGCACUAUUAUUAAAGGGGGACAUAAUGGUGAAGUGCUACCAUCGGCGGAGUCGAGCAGCAGAGAGGGAGGUGGUCUUCAGAGUCCAGUUUCACACCUGUACUGUUCACGGGGCCCAGCUGUGGUUUGGCAAGACUGAACUGGACCUGGCCUGUACAGAUGACAGGUUCCCUCCUGAUGCUACAGUCGAGUUUAUCUUCUCCAAUGGGCCAGAAAAAAUGAAAGGUCGAGAAUAUCGUAAGAAUGAUGCCUCUAUCAAAGUGGACUUUAACACCUCAGACCCUGUGGUCAGAUGGGAUUCUUAUGAGAACUUCAACCUGCACCACCAAGACAGCAUGGAAAAUAUCUCUCAUACGAGGGGCCCACUGGACGGCAGUCUAUAUGCACAGGUGAGGAAGCGGCGUGGGCCAGGCUCAACUGCCUCAGCAGCCUCUCCCAAUGGAUGCCUCACUAACAGCCCAACAGUGAAGCCCCAAACUCCCAGCCAGCCCCAGCCCCCCACCUACACCAGUGAUUCCAAUCGCUCCUCAGCACCCACUGAUCAUCUGCAAGACGGCUCUCCGUCCAUAAACUGCCCUGAGAGAGAAAAUCCUGACUGUCCAUUGAGGAGAGGAGACGGGGAAGACAGAGCAAGAGAUAAAACAAGAGGGAAAGAAAAGGAUCGGGAAACGGCGAUAUUAGAUGAUGGACAACCGUCAAGUCCGGGGGGUUUGAGGCGAGAGCACUCGUGUUGUGGUCGAGCAGGUGCAAAGUGUGGCAAUGUGGGAUGGGAGAGAGGGCCCUGCCUUUCUAAUGGGCACUGUCUCGGACGUUGCAAUAGCAUUAAAAAUCAUCCAAAAAGUCAAACUCUGCCUGCUUUACCAUCCAAAUCUGUGUCACCUCCUCUAAAUUCAGCUCAUAUGGAGCUCUGCCAUCGCCAUAGUGCCCAUCCUUUACCAGAGUUACCAUGGGAACGUCCACCCCCACCCCCGCCACCACCCCUGUCCUGUCUCCACAGGCCGUACUACCCUUAUUCUACCCCUGAACAUGCACACCCACACAGCCACACCCUCCCAGCCUCAAACCGACUCUGCACCGGGGAGGAGUGUCACCUCUUCCAUUAUUCCAGCCACGGCCCGUCCGCUCAUCUCUCCCAUCAGUCACUGCCCUCCAGCCCUUACAGGGAAAUGUUCUUCAGCUCUCCAACAUCGUCCUCUGGUUGCCCCUGUUGGGACUGCUCCAGCAGGCGAGAGCACCAACCAUCCUCAGUCAGAACAUUCCACCCAUUGCACCCAGACCAAUCGGAGAACCCACACUGGUCCCAAGGUGCAGGGGCACAACGAACAAGAGAGGCGCCUCCGCUAUGGGAAAGUGAAAAUCCAUGGGAGGUGGCAAGAGAGGCCGAGUUCUGGCAGUGCAAAUCAGCUAUGCCUGCGUUUCGGGUGUGUCAUCCCUCUUUGGAUCAGAGUCCAAACCCGGAGCAGCCUAGAUUUGCCCUCGCACCUCACCAGAGCUACCAUAGCCCCCAGUCUCUGGUGGAUGUGCGGGAUGGAGCCAGCAGUGGGUACCACACGCCUCCACAACCCCGUCACUCCUGCCCCUGCUCUCCUUAUCAGUCCUCCCCGGCCGAGAGCCACGAGAGCCGGGGUUACGCGUCAGGAUACCACUCUGGGUCAGCCUCGCCUCUGCCUGCUGGUAGCCCUUCUUCUGGGAAAGGCAGGCUGCCCGAGACGCCCUCUAGAUGCAGAGAACAGCAGGAUGCUGAAGUAGAGAAUGCCAAAACUGAUGUGGAUGAUGACAUAUCCCAGGGUUCAGAGACUAAAUCGGACUCUAAUGGCCAGACAAGCACCCCUGGACUGGACUCUGAUCAUGACUACACACUUAUUGGUAGCAGCAGCCCAACACACACUGAAGACAGUGUUACUGCUGAUAGCCCUUCUCAAAGCCAAGAAACCUCCACACAGCUCGACUCCAGCACAAAUAGCAACAAAACUAUCACACCGGUACCGGCAGAAACACAAACCCAAACUUCCGGCAUAUCCAUAAACUCUGCACAAUCAUCAAGUGAGCUGAGUUUGAGUUCUGAUGGAACGAUCGGCGCUGUCAGGAUCACAGGGAGUGCUGAAGGAUGUAAGCAAUCGCAUGCUUCAAAUUAUGCUGCUGUCAUCAUCACCCCGGUCCAAGUGCAACUCAAUGGUUCUGCCCUUCCCAGCGAUACCACAUCCAACAGCAGCAGAAGUGUAACCAUGAACCCUUCUGUUAGCCUCACUUCCAGCCCCUCCGCCACUUCCCCAAAUUCUCCUAUUGGCUCUCCAGAUCGGCAGUCCUCUCACCAGUGCCCCCCAUUGGCUGCAGACACAGCAGGGCACAGACUGACCCCAGACAGAGACAGCUCAGCCGACAACAAACCUCCAUCACCUGUGCCCGACGGCUAUCACACACCCACAUUUCCCUUAGCUUCCUAUUACUACCCAUUACUAAACGUCCCCCAUGUCCCAUACACGGGCUACACUGCAGUCACCAUCCCCGCCGUCCAGCCACCGCUCCCCGAGAAGAAACGCCUUUCCUCCACAGCAGGAUCCCUGAACGGACACAACUCUCUUCUUAGAAUCUCCUCAGCUCCUUCCCCCACACACCACGUUUCUUUCUCCCCUGCUACGGGAGAGCAGAGACGAGGGUCUACGCAGUCUAGCUACAGGGAGGAGGCAGACAUCAGGGUUAAUGCAAAGUUUGUCCAGGACAGCUCCAAGUACUGGUACAAACCAGGCAUCUCGAGAGACCAAGCUAUAGCUGUGUUAAAGGACAAGGAACCGGGGACUUUCCUCAUCAGAGACAGUAACUCUUUCCAGGGGGCCUACGGUCUGGCCCUCAAAGUGGCCACCCCUCCUCCUAAUGCCAACAUCGCUGGAGGCAAAGGGGAUCCUCUGGAACAGCUGGUGAGACACUUCCUCAUCGAGACUGGGCCACGGGGAGUGAAGAUCAAGGGCUGUCAGAACGAGUCCUACUUCGGAAGUUUAUCUGCCCUGGUGUACCAGCAUUCAAUUACUCCCAUCUCUCUGCCCUGUGCUCUCCGCAUCCCAGAGAAAGACCUUGUUGGGGAGCUUCAGGAGAUGCAGAGUGCAACAAACACCAGCACAGCAGCUGACCUCCUCAAACAAGGAGCAGCCUGCAAUGUGCUUUACCUGAACUCUGUGGAAACUGAAUCACUGACGGGGCCGGAGGCAGUUUCCAAGGCAACCAAGUGCACUUUGGCUCUGAGUCCGCGUCCAGUGGCAACGGUGGUCCACUUUAAAGUGUCCUCUCAGGGGAUCACUCUAACAGACAGCAAAAGAAGGCUAUUUUUUAGGAGACACUAUCCAAUCAGCAGUGUAACAUUCAGCAGCCUUGACCCCCAAGACCAGAGGUGGACUAAUUCUGAUAGCACAUCAAGCAGGAUGUUUGGCUUUGUGGCCAGGCGGACAGGCAGUGCUACAGAAAACGUGUGUCACCUAUUCGCAGAGAUGGACCCCGAGCAGCCGGCUGUGGCCAUCGUCAACUUUAUUAACAAAGUCAUGCUGGGACCACAGCUACGUAGAUGAAGGAGCAGAAGAAUUUGAAAACUCUGGACUAUCAGGGAUGUGGGAGAGAUUCUAGCAUAACUUUUUUUUUUUAAGAUAUGUGUGUGUGUUACUACAUUUUUGCUUGCAUUCGUGCAGGUGGCAUGACUGUGCUCGGCUGUAUGACUGUUUUUAUAUUUCUGACAGAUCACUGCUCCAAAGGGCAAAGUAUUGUUUAUAUGUCAGCUUCCAGAGCAGUUACAGAGGAAUAGUUUGAUAAGCCAAAGACUGACCUACCAUUGGUAAACUUGCCAAAUGAGAUUCAAAUAAGAGUUUUUUUGUUGUUGUUGUUUUUGCUGAUGAAGUAAUUUUUUGUUUUUCUGUUACAAACUCUUCACAUGAUGUACAACAAAACUGCAUGACAAUCCAUUUACCACACCGUUAUUCUUAAAGUUUCUGUACACCAACAUUUAAAGCUCAAGAGACAAUGGUUCAGAAGGCCUUCAACAAUGUAGUAGAAAGUCAGAGUCAUGUUUCAAGGUGUAAAGUGGCUGCAAUUUUGCUCGCCACGCAGUGUUAGAAAGAGUAAAGGAGGUGACUAAAUGUAAGAGGUUGUGUAUUUUGAAUAUCUGAGAAGAAAGUGUAAAUUCAAUCCUCAACAAUACUAUGAAAACCUAAGCUGAACCUAUCUACAAUUUAAAACACAGACAGAUAGAUGACUGGUUACACACUACAUAAGAAAGUAAAAGGGAGGUUAGCCUCACAACAGAAGUAACUCGUUUAAAAGAUAAGGACAGGACUUGAAUAUUUACGAACUCUACAAUCUCCACAUUUCUAAUGUCAUUAUAAAAAGAACCAGUACAGACCAGUCUCUCCAUAUUACAUAUUUUAGAUUUGUUUAAUUUACAUUACCUAUUUAACCAACCAAUAUCCACAGUAACAUGUAAUAUGUGUGAGUUAUGUUUCAGAGAGAAGUUUCACUUAAAGCCAAAGACUUCAUUAUUGUGUAAAGAUAUUCUCAUGGUUGAUUUUUUUUAUCAAUAUCUUUUCAUUGUUUGGCAUUUGUGUGUUUUUUUAUAAACUGAGACAGUAUUUAGAUGACUUCAGCACAAUUAUUAUUUUUCAUAAUGGAUUUUUAUGUAAAAGAAGUAAUAUAUUUUAGGCCUCUGAGGUGGAUGACAAAGAAUGGUGUAUGUCAUAUUUGACAAGUAAAUUAAAGCAAUCAAAUGAAAUCAAAUACAA